AUGAGGAGAUCUUCUACUCUGGUGGAUGUGUUUCUCCUACUUGCAUUGUUCAGUGGUGCUCCAUGGGCUGUCAAGGGCAGUCCACAUUGCAGCAAACGGGCCAACUCAGGGGAAAUUCGACCUCACAGUGUCACUAUCACUGAAUUUGGCGCUGUUGGAGAUGGGGUCACUCUCAACACAAAAGCCUUUCAGAAUGCCAUCUUCUAUCUCAAUUCCUUCACAGACAAGGGUGGGGCCAAGCUUUUUGUCCCAGCUGGCCGGUGGUUGACAGGAAGCUUCCAUCUCAUCAGCCAUCUAACCUUGUGGUUGGAUAAAGAUGCAGAAAUUCUUGGAUCAACGAACUCUGAUGACUGGCCAGUUGUUGAACCUUUACCAUCAUAUGGUCGAGGAAGGGAGUUGCCAGGUGGAAGACAUCGAAGUCUCAUUUAUGGACUCAAUUUGACGGAUGUUAUCAUAACAGGUGAUAAUGGGACUAUUGAUGGCCAAGGCAGCAUCUGGUGGAAUUGGUUCCAUAACAAAACCCUGAAUUACACAAGGCCCCAUUUGGUGGAAUUGAUGAACUCAACUGGGAUUGUGAUCUCAAACCUGACCUUCCUAAAUUCACCAUUUUGGACCAUUCACCCUGUAUAUUGCAGCCAUGUAACUGUCCAGAAUGUGACAAUCAUUGCUCCUCCAAAGUCACCAAACACGGAUGGGAUUGAUCCAGACUCUUCUGAUAAUGUCUGCAUUGAAGAUUGUUAUAUUAGCACUGGUGAUGAUCUGAUAGCGAUCAAAAGUGGAUGGGAUGAGUAUGGUAUUUCAUAUGGUCGACCCAGUAGAAACAUUAUCAUUCGUAGGAUUACUGGGAAAACUGAAACAAGCGCAGGAAUUGCAAUUGGAAGUGAGAUGUCUGGAGGUGUGUCAGAAGUUCAUGCAGAAAACCUCCAUUUUUUCAAUUCUAAGACAGGUAUCAGAAUAAAGACCUCCCCAGGAAGGGGUGGCUAUGUGAAAAAUAUCUAUGUAUCGAACGUGACCUUGGAUGGUAUAGAUAUAGCUAUAAGGUUCACCAGUCACUACGGGGAGCACCCAGAUGAGUUUUAUGACCCAAAUGCCCUCCCUAUUAUAGAGCAAAUUACUUUUAAAGAUGUCGUAGGAAAGAAUAUCAAAACUGCAGGUCUCCUAGAGGGUUUAGAAGGUGACACUUUUCUGGACAUUUGCUUAUCCAAUAUUACCCUUAAUGUGACCUCAAAAUCUCCAUGGAAAUGCUCUUCUAUUCAAGGAUAUUCUGACUUAGUUUCUCCAGAAACUUGUGAGCCUCUCAAGGAGAGAAUCUCCCCUGAGCAUUACUUGGAUUGUUACCAUCUAUCUGAUCACAUAUGGAUUUCAAGUAAUCAAAACGAAGGUGUUCAGUUUCUGUCUUGGUAG